CCCGCGCGCGACCCGCGCGACAAGCGCGACAAGGCGGUCCACGAGCGCGGCCACUGGAACAACAAGGUUGAGUUCGUGCUGAGCGUGGCCGGGGAGAUCAUUGGGCUGGGCAACGUGUGGCGCUUCCCCUACCUGUGCUACAAGAACGGAGGAGGGGCAUUCCUGAUUCCCUACGUGGUGUUUUUUAUUUGCUGUGGAAUUCCUGUUUUUUUCCUGGAGACAGCUCUGGGGCAGUUCACAAGUGAAGGUGGCAUUACGUGUUGGAGGAAAGUUUGCCCUUUAUUUGAAGGCAUUGGCUAUGCAACGCAGGUGAUUGAGGCCCAUCUGAAUGUGUACUACAUCAUCAUCCUGGCAUGGGCCAUUUUUUACCUGAGCAACUGCUUCACUACUGAGCUACCCUGGGCUACCUGUGGGCAUGAGUGGAACACAGAGAAUUGUGUGGAGUUCCAGAAACUGAAUGUGAGCAACUACAGCCAUGUGUCUCUGCAGAAUGCCACCUCCCCCGUCAUGGAGUUUUGGGAGCGCCGGGUCUUGGCCAUCUCCGAUGGGAUCGAGCACAUCGGGAACCUUCGCUGGGAGCUGGCCUUGUGUCUCCUGGCAGCCUGGACCAUCUGUUACUUCUGUAUCUGGAAGGGGACCAAGUCUACAGGAAAGGUUGUAUACGUGACCGCAACAUUCCCCUACAUCAUGCUGCUGAUCCUCCUGAUACGAGGGGUCACAUUGCCUGGGGCCUCGGAGGGCAUCAAGUUCUACUUGUACCCUGACAUCUCCCGGCUCUCCGACCCGCAGGUCUGGGUAGAUGCUGGAACGCAGAUCUUUUUCUCCUAUGCCAUUUGCCUGGGCUGUCUGACCGCUCUGGGAAGUUAUAACAAUUAUAACAACAACUGCUACAGGGACUGCAUCAUGCUCUGUUGCCUGAACAGUGGCACCAGCUUCGUGGCUGGAUUUGCCAUCUUCUCAGUCCUGGGUUUUAUGGCGUACGAGCAGGGGGUACCCAUUGCUGAGGUGGCAGAGUCAGGCCCUGGCCUGGCCUUUAUUGCGUACCCCAAGGCGGUCACCAUGAUGCCUCUCUCCCCGCUGUGGGCCACCUUGUUCUUCAUGAUGCUCAUCUUCCUAGGCCUGGACAGCCAGUUUGUGUGUGUGGAAAGCCUGGUGACUGCCGUGGUGGACAUGUACCCCAAGGUCUUCCGGAGGGGUUACCGGCGGGAGCUGCUCAUCCUAGCCUUGUCUGUUAUCUCCUAUUUUCUGGGCCUCGUGAUGUUAACGGAGGGUGGCAUGUACAUCUUCCAGCUCUUUGACUCCUAUGCUGCCAGUGGGAUGUGCCUUCUCUUCGUGGCCAUCUUUGAGUGCAUCUGCAUUGGCUGGGUGUAUGGAAGCAACCGGUUCUAUGAUAACAUUGAAGACAUGAUUGGCUACCGGCCACCGUCGCUCAUUAAGUGGUGCUGGAAGAUCGUGACCCCUGGGAUCUGUGCGGGGAUCUUCAUCUUCUUCUUGGUCAAGUACAAGCCACUCAAGUACAACAACGUCUACACCUACCCAGCCUGGGGCUAUGGCAUUGGCUGGCUCAUGGCCCUGUCCUCCAUGCUCUGCAUCCCGCUCUGGAUCUGCAUCAAGGUGUGGAAGACACAGGGGACACUGCCCGAGAAACUUCAGAAGUUGACGACCCCCAGCACAGAUCUGAAAAUGCGGGGCAAGCUUGGGGUGAGCCCACGGAUGGUGACAGUUAAUGACUGUGAUGCCAAACUCAAGAGCGACGGGACCAUUGCAGCCAUCACAGAGAAGGAGACGCACUUCUGAGCGGCCGCCAGCCACCUGGGGCUCUUCUUCCUUUCUUCCCCCCAUGUCUGUAAAUGAAUUCCUGAACCCCAUGCUUCACCUAAUGGUAGGGGCUUGCUUGUUUUGCACAGGAUUUAUUAACAAGUUAAUUUUAAGGUGGCCACUGUACACUGCUCUAAAGUCAUAUCCCCUCCCCGCCCCCAGUCAUCAUGGAAGUAACCACUACAAAGAGAUAACACUGUACAGUGACUGCCAGAUCUUCUG